AUGCCUCGCAACAAGCACGAAAGGGAAAUCCGACGUCUUUACGUCCCGUUUGAAGACCCUUGGUCCUCUUCUAUUCCGCGAUCUGAGCUCGUUUCCUACAACACCGACAUGAUGAUCUCCCAACUGCGCAUGGUGGACAUGUGCGGGCCAGAACCCGUUCCGGACUACUCAAGCUUAGUCGUCUUCAUUGACGCGCGGGCUUCAUACGGCAUCUACUUUGGUCCCGACUCUCCCUACAAUAGCUGCGGUCUUCUUGACAAGUCUCUGCCUCAGACGAGCACACGCGCGGAGAUUGAGGCUUUUCGUCAAGCGCUUGGGAGCAUUCUCGCUAUCAUAAGAAAAUACCCCAAGCUAUCUCGCAUUAAGGUUGCGACCGACUCAAGCUUUCUAGUCAAAGCUAUGAGCCAGUGGAUAAAGCGAUGGAUUGAGAAUAAUGGGGUGGGCUCCAAUGGCAGACAAGUUGCGCACUUCCAGGUCCUGAAAAGGCUACAUGACCGCUUGGUCUAUUUGGAGAACAACGACCAGACGGGUCGUAGAGAGUACCAGUCUUGGCAUGUACCAAGGACCAUGAACCGAGAAGCAGAUGCAUUAGCGAACAAGGCUCUCGAUGAAGCAUGA